GCGGGUUCCAUUUCUCUGAGCCGCUUCCUCUUGCGGAAGGUGCCAGGCAGGCGGCACCGCCCCGGCGAUGGGGACCCCGAAGCCGCUGAUCGUGCCGUGGCUGCGGAAGAAGCUGGACGACGGGUGCUACCCGGGGGUGAGCUGGCUGGACCAGGGGCGCACCCAGUUCCGGGUGCCCUGGAAACACGGGCUGCGACAGGAUGCCUCCUCCGAGGACUUCCAGCUAUUCCGGGACUGGGCCAUUGACAGCGGCAACUACCGGCCAGGCCACGAUGCCCCCACGCCCUCCAUCUGGAAACGCAACUUCCGCUCUGCCCUGAACCGGAAGCCGGGGAUCCAGGUGCUUCAGGAUCACAGCUCGGACUCCGCCGACCCCCACAAGGUCUACGAGAUCCUGCCCAAUGGGGCCCGGGCAGGUGCGGACGAGGCCCCCAGUGCUGCCGUGGGGGGCACCGAGGCUGACGCAAGCAGCCAGCUCCUGGACAGGUCAGGGGGCAGCCUCUCCUGCAGCCAGGACGAUGACCUGGAUGACAUUCUGAACGCGCUGGACCUCUCCAGCCCCGAGGAGGAUGCUCCGUGCUCUGCGCUCCCGCCAGGUGCCCCGUACGUCCAUGAUGCAGCCACAGGGGGCGCUCUCUCGCCGGGGUUCGGGGAUUUCCCUCCUCUGGUGCAGCCGGCCCCCAGCGCCCUGGAGCAGCUGCUGGGGUCCAAUGUGCUGAUGACGGAUUUCGAGGUGCGGGUCUAUUACCGGGGGCACCUUGUGCUGCAGACGCUGGUCCCCAACCCACAGGGCUUCCGGCUGGUGUCCACCAGCCCCGGGCCCAGCCCCUGCCCCGAGCUGGCGGACGUGGAGCUGCCCGGGCCGGGGAUGCUGCCGGAUCGGGUGCAGGCCUCUUACACGGCCCGGCUGCUGCAGGGGCUGGGGGCCGGGGUGCUGGUGCGGGUGGAGGGGCCAGCCCUCUGCGCCACCCGCCUCGGGCGCCUCCACGCCUACUGGGGGCACACGGAGACCCCCGAGCCGGGGGCCGAAGGUGGGGAGCUGUCCAAGGAGGGGUACACCCGCCUGUACGACAUGUCGCACUUUGUCAGAGAACUGAUCUGCUUCAUAGAGGGGCAGGGUAGCUCCCCCACCUACGAGCUGUGGCUCUGUCUGGGGGAGGCCUGGCCGGACACAGGGCGCUCCUGGAAAAAGAAACUCAUCAUGGUGCAGGUGGUACCCACGGUCCUGCGGACCCUGCACGAGCUGGGCCAGGCCGGGGGGGCGUCGUCGCUGCGGGGCGAGGAGCUGGACCUGCGCAUCUCGGACUCGCUGGGGGAGGCCGGGCUGCUGGGGGCCCUGCGGGACUGGGAGGAGCGGAUGGAGAGUCAGCCCUACAGCUAGCCGGACAGACGGACGCUCGCUCUCCCCGACCCCCUCGACUGUGCCUGACACUCCUCCCAACCGAACCCAGGCACAGUCGAACCGAACCGAACUCCCUCCCCCCGCCCGGAGCUGGGACAGAGCCCCAGGUUCACCCACCUUGUCUGUACCAUCAGGCCGCGCCGCGGGUGGGGGGGCUGGUUAGCCAGGAUUGUGGCCCCUCUGGGGUGGGACAGCCUGGUUAUCGUAGACCCAUAGGGCUAGAAGAGCCCGCAAGGGUCAGCUGCUCUAAGCCCCUGUCCAUCCCAGACAGGUGUCUAUCCAGCCUCCUGUUGGCCACCUCCCGCUGACGGAGCUGCCCCCCGUCGCCCCACUUUUCUUACCCCCUUAGGAUGUUUUUCCUCUGAAUCUCCCUCUUCUCUACCCGAGUGCAAAGCUCUCGCCCUGCUCUCCGGGGCAGCGAGAACAACGGUUCCCUGGUGUUUUUAUGGCAGCCUUUCGAGCCUUCUCUUCUCCGAACUUAACACACCCGCUUCCUUCAGGCGUGGCUCCUGCCGCUCGCUUCUGGGGCCUUGCCGCUUUCUUCACAGGGUAACCAAACUUGGACCCAGGACUCCAGCCGAGGGCUAACCAGAGCCGUACGAUCGCACUUCCUGGGGGAAUUCUGCGCCAACCCAUUAACAAUUCUGCGCACCAUAUUUUCAAAUCCUGCCUGUUUUUAUUUGUCAAAAUAACACACGGUCAUCACGCCA